AUGCUGAGACGGGUGGUGUUGCUCCUGGCUGUGGGAAUGCGGUCCAGUGAUUCCAGCCCCCCAGCAGUGACCAGCCAUGCCCCCCAGCCCCCCACGGCCUACUCCAACGCCACAGAAGCUUUGGCAAGGUUCAAGAUCUUGCUGGGCUGCUUCCGGGACAUCUUCCAGGAGCCCCCCAAGAUCAUCCCCCGAGCGGAGUGGGGGGCCCAAGCCCCCCAUUGCACAGUGCCACUGAAGACCCCCACUCCUUACCUACUCUUUCAUCACAUCGCUGGGAUGGAUUGUGGAGCGCAGGGGAGCAGUUGGUGUGUGCGCCAGCUUCAAGACCACCACACCCACACCAACGGCUGGUGCGACAUCGCUUACAACUUUCUGAUCAUGGAGUCGGGCGAGGUGUUUGAGGGGACAGGAUGGACUGUCCAAGGCCACCACACCGCAGGGUACAAUGAGGUGGCGCUUGGCUUCGCACUCCUCACCAACAUGACAGACCAGGCCCCUUCCCAAGCUGCUCUGGCGUCUGCCCAGCAUCUGAUCAGCUUCGCGGUCCAAAAGCGUCAUCUUUCUCCCAACUACAUUCAACCAUUUCUUGUCCAUGGAGAAGAUUGUCUGCAGGUCUCUCCGGGCUCGACCCCAUCAGGAGUCCUAGGCUGCCCCACGAUCAUUCCUCGGGCAGACUGGGGCGCCAUGGGAUCCAUGGCCAACUGCCGCAAGCUGGACCGUCCAACCAAAUACGUCAUCAUCAUCCACACGACUGGACAGCCAUGCACGGAGUCGGACAGUUGCAAGGAGCUGGUCCGCGGCAUCCAGGACUUCCACAUGAAUGGAAGGAAGUUCUGUGAUGUGGGCUACAACUUCUUGGUGGGGGAAGAUGGUAACGUGUAUGAGGGCGUGGGCUGGGGCACGGAGGGAGCCCACACCUAUGGAUACAACGAUAUCGCCCUGGGAGUCGCCUUCCUGGGCUUGUUCGAAGAGAAACCUCCCAAUGCUGUUGCGCUGCUGGCCGCCCAGCGACUGAUCCGCUGCUCAGUGGACCAGGGCUACUUGGACCCCAACUACCUCCUGGUAGCCCACAGUGACAUCAUCAACUCCAUCUCCCCUGGUCGAGCCACCUAUGACAUCAUCAAAACCUGGCCCCACUUCAAAGGCUGA